UGCCUUUCAGUGUCACCCAUCAGUGCCACCUAUCAAUGCCAAUCAGUGCCACCUAUCAAUGAUGCCAAUCAGUGCCACCUAUCAGUGCCAGUCAGUGUUGCAUAUAAGUGUCAGUCAGUGCGCCUAUCAGUGCCAGUCAGUGUCGCCUAACAGUUCUGCCUAUCAGUGCCAUCAGUGCCUCCUCAUCAGUGCCCAUCAGUGCCACCUAUCAGUGUCAGUCAGUGCUGCCUAUCAGUGCCAGGCAGUGCCGCCUAUCAGUGCUGCCUAUCAGUGCCAUAUAUCAGUGUCAUGUAUCAGUGCUGCCUUUCAGUGCCCAUCAGUGAUGCCUGUCAAUGCCCAUCAGUGCCACCUACCAGUGCCUCCUCAUCAGUGCCCAUCAGUGCCACCUAUCAGUGUCCAUCACUUCAGCCUCAUU